UGCGGCAGAGCAUGCGCCGCGAUUCCGCGAAGCCACCGCUCCCGGCUCCCAGGAGGCCAGGAUUCUGGCUCACCACCACAGCCUCCCAGGACACCUCAGCUCGAGGACAAAGCGCCGAAAACGAAUCAAAUGGCGUUCCCGUGCUCCGCCCCAGUGCGGCCCCCGCGCGCCCUCCGAGCCCGAGGCGGGCGCCCGCUUGGCCGCGGCCCCGCGCUGACGGUCGUGGCCGCUGUCACCCGGGUCAGCGGCUCCGAGGUCCGUGCAAAGCUCGUGCUAGCGCUCGCCUCGCAGGCCCUCGCCGCCUCGCAGCGCCGCGCCGUCGACCUCGUCACCGAGGCCACCAAGUAUGCCCUGCCGUCUAGCCGCUUCGAUCCACGGACCCUUGAGGAGGCCCUCAUGUCCGUUCCCGAUCUCGAGACGGUGCAGUUCCGCGUCCUGAAGCGCGAGGAGGAUUACGAGAUCAGAGAAGUGGAGUCGUACUAUAUUGCUGAGACGACGAUGCCUGGAAGAACUGGAUUUGAUUUCGGUGGAUCUUCUCGGUCGUUCAACGUACUAGCGUCUUACUUAUUCGGUGAGAACACGAGGUCCGAGCAAAUGGAAAUGACAACCCCUGUUCUCACCCGGAAGGCUGAAAUUGGCAGUGAAAAGAUGGACAUGACCACCCCAGUUAUAACAAAAAAGUCAGCUGAUGAAAAUAAGUGGAAGAUGUCCUUUGUGAUGCCAUCAAAAUAUGGUCCAGACUUGCCUAAGGCAAAAGACCCAUCUGUGACCAUCAAGGAGGUGCCCAGGAAAAUUGUAGCAGUUGUGGCCUUUCCAGGUUUGGUUACAGAUGAUGACAUAAGUCAGAGAGAAUCCAGAUUGCGGCAAGCUCUCCAAAAAGAUACUCAAUAUCGAGUCAAAGAGGAUUCAGUGGUGGAAGUUGCACAGUAUAAUCCCCCUUUCACACUUCCUUUCACAAGGCGUAAUGAAGUAGCAUUGGAAGUUGAGCGGCUUGAUAGAGCCUCCAUGUCCAAGAUUAACGAAUAAGUUGUUAAAACUUCAGUGUGUGCAUAAAUGUGCAUUGUCCCUAAUGUAUAUGCAUAGACUCUCUUUGUUACCGGUGCAGUAUGUAUAGUAUAUAAAAUUAUAUGUAGGUAUCUCAUUUCUCAAAUACUCCCUCCAUUUCACAAA